GCAGCCUCCGCUGCCGCAGCGCCAGGAAGUCGCAAUGUCUGACAAAAGUGACUUAAAAGCUGAGCUGGAACGAAAGAAACAGAGAUUAGCUCAGAUCAGGGAGGAGAAGAAACGGAAGGAAGAGGAGCGGAAAAAGAAAGAGGCUGACCUGCAGCAGAAGAAGGAGCCGACCCAAGAGGACUCCGACUUGGACCGCAAGCGUCGGGAGACCGAGGCCCUGCUCCAGAGCAUCGGCAUCUCCCCGGAGCCGCCGCUAGUGCAGACGCUGCACUUUGUAACAUGGGAUACCUGUUAUUUUCAUUAUUUAGUCCCAACCCCUAUGUCUCCCUCCUCGAAAUCAGCGAGCACGCCGAGCGAAGCCGGCAGCCAAGACUCCGGAGACCUGGGAGCGCUGACCAGCUCCAAGGUCUGCCGAGGGCUUCUCCAGCGGCACGAGGAUGGGCGCGGGCCGGGCGGGGGUCCGAGCCAGGCCUCAGCCUCGGCUCUCUUAGCUCCGAGCCCCCGCCUCGUGGGUGUCCAUCCCCCGCUUCUCUGGCCGUGCCCCUCGGCCCGUGAGCGCCGUCUGGCAGGGACGUGUUUCCAGGUUUCCCUUUCGGGCUGA